AUUCCAAAAUGUUCUCCAGAACGGCACAGCCUGCCCGGACUCUGCUCCGCAGUGCUUCCGCAGCUUCGUCUCUCGGUCGCUCUAUUCCCGCCAGAACCUUCGCCAGUGUUCAGUCGGACAUCUUCAAGCCCACCAAGUAUGGUGGCAAGUACACCGUGACCCUCAUCCCUGGUGACGGUAUCGGUGCUGAGGUCGCCGAAUCGGUCAAGACCAUCUUCAAGGCCGACAACGUUCCCAUUGAGUGGGAGCAGGUCGAUGUUAGCGGUGUUGACGCCGGUAACAAGCACUCCGAGGAGCUUUUCCGCGAGUCCCUGGCUUCCCUGAAGCGCAACAAGCUCGGUCUGAAGGGUAUCCUCCACACUCCUAUUGAGCGCUCGGGCCACCAAUCCUUCAACGUUGCCCUGCGUCAGGAGCUGGACAUCUACGCCUCCAUCUCUCUGAUCAAGAACAUCCCCGGUUACGAGACUCGCCACAAGAAUGUCGACCUCUGCAUCAUCCGUGAGAACACCGAGGGGAGAUCCGUCAACGGUGUUGUCGAGUCCCUGAAGAUCAUCACUCGCGCCAAGUCCGAGCGUAUCGCCAAGUUCGCUUUCAGCUUCGCCCUUGCCAACAACCGCAAGAAGGUUACCUGCAUUCACAAGGCCAACAUCAUGAAGUUGGCCGAUGGUCUCUUCCGCAGCACAUUCCACAAGGUCGCUGAGGACUACCCCGCCCUGGAGGUGAACGACAUGAUUGUGGACAACGCUUCCAUGCAGGCCGUCUCCCGCCCCCAGCAGUUUGACGUUAUGGUCAUGCCUAACCUUUACGGUGGCAUUCUGUCCAACGUGGGUGCUGCCCUCGUUGGUGGACCUGGUCUUGUCCCCGGUUGCAACAUGGGCCGUGACGUUGCUGUCUUCGAGCCUGGUUGCCGUCACGUCGGUCUUGACAUCAAGGGCAAGGACCAAGCCAACCCCAGUGCUAUGAUCCUGUCUGGUUCCAUGCUUCUGCGCCACCUUGGUCUCGAUGACCACGCCAACCGCAUUUCCAAGGCUGUCUACGAUGUUAUCGGUGAAGGCCGCACUAUGACCCGCGAUAUGGGUGGUCAGGCUACCACUCACGAGUUCACCCGGGCUGUUUUGGACAAGAUGGAGGCGUCUCUGUAAAUUUUGGAAUCCCGCGCGCUCCAAUAUACCUACCGCUACGAUUGAGGAUGUCUGCUGGUUCUUGG